AUGUCAUAAGAAGAAGAGUAUUACGAAGACGAAGACUACUUCGCUAAUUGUGGGGACGAUGGACAAUAUGAUGACAAUGAAGAAUACUAUGAAGAAGAGAAAGUUUAAUAGGAUGAUUCUUAAAAAAUUUAUCUAGCUUGUGAAAAUAGACUAUAUUAAAAUGAGGCAAUCGAGGUAGUAAUUUAAAAUUACACUCUAUUAAUUAAGCAAAUAGCAAAAGAAAAUGGUAUUUCAGAAGGCUGCGCUUUUUUAAUUAUGCAAGCAAAUAACUAUGAUAAAAAUAAGCAAGAUAAUAUCCCCAAUCACUUGAUAGAUACAAUUUUCUAUUAAGAAUCAAAUGAUCUAGUGGCAUGUAAAGAUAACAAAGAAUGUUUGCUUUGCUUUGAUGAUAUAACAUAAAAUAAAGGAUAUUCUCUUUAUUGUAAACAUUAUUUUUGCAUGUCUUGCUUUAAAGAAUAUGUAAAAGCUUGCUUAUAAGAAGGUUCUUCAAUUUUAUAGAAAAAAUGCCCCAUGGUAGGAUGCUAAGAAAGAUUAGGAUUAAGUGAUAUCUUUUUAUUUCUGACUCAACCUAGAGAAAGAAAUUUAAUUUGUAAAUUUCUUCUAAACGAUAUUUUGCAACACAAUAAAUUGUUGGUAUAGUGCCCUCAUAGCGAGUGUGACAACAUUUUAGAUUUUGGAAAUAACGUUAUUGUCUAAGGAAAAUAAUUGAAUCUAAAAUGUAAAUGCUCUAAAGGUUACUUCUGCUCAUCAUGUAAGGAAGAUGCUCAUCUACCUUGUUCCUGUAGUAUGCUUAAAACUUGGAUGGAGCUUAUACAAGGUAAAAAUUAAGAUAGUCUUAAUACAAUAUGGUUUUAGCUAAACACUAAACCUUGUCCUAGAUGUAAGGUUUUGAUAGAAAAAAAUCAAGGUUGCAUGCACAUGAAUUGUAAAAAUUGCAAUUUCCAUUUUUGUUGGCUAUGUUUAGGUGAAUAUGUUAAUCAUGAAGACUUUUAUUCCUGCAAUAAGUAUAAAAAAGAUGAUGCCAAAGAUUUGUCUAAGGAAUAGUAAACUCUUAAAAAAUAUGAAUUCUACACUGAGAGAUUUAAAGACCAUUUAAAUGCAGCAAAAUAUACUCAAAAAGAAUCUUAAAAUUAAAUUGAUAAUUUAAAAUUAAAUAUGAAAGAAACUUUCAAAGAAGAUAAAAAAAUAGAAGAAGAAAUUUAGUUUUAUGUUUCUGCAUAUGAUAUUCUAAUUGAAGCUAAGAAGUGUAUAUCAUACACUUAUCCAAUUGGCUAUUAUAUAGAAUAACACAAGCUUGGAUAUUUUGAAUUCUUGCAAGGAGAAUUAGAAAAAAAUAUAGAACCUUUUGAAUAAAAAUUGAAUAAAGUUAAAUUCUAAGAAUUAUUUUCAAAUGAUAAUGAAAAUUAGAAAUUUUUUCAAUAUAAAGCCGAAAUUAUUUAACAUACAUCAAUAAUUAAAAAAUACCUAACAAAUAUGUUGAGAGAUCUAGGGGAAGAGCUUCCUGAUCUUGAUAUUAAAUAAAUGAAAAUGAAAUCCAAAGCAUAUUCAAAAUUAAGCAAGAAAUAUUCCCAAAUACCACAUUAAGAAAACAUAAAGGCUGAAGCUCAUCUAGAAACUGAUUAUCCCAUUUUAAUGUGUGAUGACUGCAAAAUUAAUCCUAUCUAAAAUGAUUAUGGCUUAUGUAAUGCAUGCUUAAAUUCAAGAUAUGAAAAUUGA